UCUCAUUCUUUUCAAUUCGUCAAUGCGAAGGUGCAAAGGUGCGAGUACUGCUCGCACAUGGGCGGCGAGCUCGCAUGUGCCAUGUGCAACGUCAUUGCGCACACGGCGUGCUAUCUCGAGGCGUGGAAGGGACUUGCUCGACGCGGCGCCGUGAGCUUUGAAGUCCAAGGCGAUGACAAGACAAAAUGGAUUUGCACCUACUGCGAAGAAGACCUGCAAGAGGAGCACCAAGCCCAAACGACGCGCUAUCGGUACAACAAAAGGCUCCAGAAGGAAAUGGCCUGCGGGCGACUCAUCGCAGGCUACGCGCGCAUGUCGAAAGAAACGCGGCUCUUUGUGCGCAAGAAAGAGUGCGCAGUGCGCAUCCAAGCCCACAUCCGAGGCAAGCUCGCGCGCCGCGCGUUUAACGCGAUGCAGCGUUUGCGCAUUCGCCCGUACGUGGUCCAUCUCAUGAGUCUCCGUGGGCUCGGCUCGGACGGCGAUGCCGCGUCCAAGUCGCCGCGCUCGACGACCGGUGACGACGAUGUGUGUGGCGAGACGCGCCUGCCCAACGGCUUUCUGUGCAACCCGUUUGUGGUGUUUCAUAUUGUCGCCGAGCACGACGACGAGGCGCAGCAGUUUUGCUUUGAGAGCGCGAUCCAGCGCGGCUCGAACGAAGUCGCGUGGAACGAAGCCAUUUUUGUGCCGGGCGUCGAUGGCAACGUCACCAUGUGUUUUACGGUUCUGAGCAAGAACGGCCCCAACAACUUUUUCCUCGGCCAAGGCAUGGUGCGCAUGAGUGGGACGGAAAUCUGGCGGUAUGGCGCCAACCUCGAGCUCCCGAUCCGCCCGGAAUUGGAAGUCAUUCCCAAGGCCGGGCACAACAAGCUCAUGCGCAUCCAGGACAUUGGCUCGAUCACGCGUGAGCUCACACUCUCGGUGCACAUCAAGCAGUUUGCCGACCCAGUUGCCAACUGCGGCUACAUGCAGUCGAUCAACACGAUCGACUCGGCCAAAGGCAACAGCCGCUGGUGUGUUCUCGCCGACGGCAUCUUUCGCAUCUACCGGCACUAUGGGCUCACGCUCGCGUUCGAGACGCUCAAGAUGAUGCACGCGAGCGAGGUCCAGCUGCUCACCGUGGCGCCGCACCAUGCGAUCCACCUCACCAAGCACACGGUCAAGCAGUCCACCGUGGUCUUUGUCCAGCACGAGCAGCGGUCUUAUCUGCUACGCGCCGACUCGAACAAGGCCAACAUGACGUGGUCCAAGAAGCUGCAUUUCGCAAUGAAGCAGCACAAAACCUACUGAGUGCCAUACGUCACGUCGACCUAUACAAGAAAACAUCAACAUUUCAUCUCAAAAUAUCGAAAUAUCAACCGA